UCCUGGGUCAGAUACAGUUUAUGACUGCAAUAUUCAAUAGUUGCCGCGCAGUGCCGUACCCUAAUCUAAUCACACUGCUGCACCCUGUCACAUUUGCCCAACCUCAGAUUGGCCUCAUGGAAGCCUUCCGAGUACGCAAGUUGCUAGCUCACCCUACGUAGUUCGCUUUGGAGCCAUGGAAGGUAACAAAGACGAAGCUAUCAAAUGCCUUUCCAUCGCACAAAAACACAGAAACGCUGGCGACCUCACUUCCGCUCGCAAAUUUUGCCAAAAAUCUAUAAACAUGUUCUCGACACCCGAGGCUGCAAAGCUUCUUGAGUCUAUCGAGGCCUUGGAGGCAUCUAGAUCAUCCUCGUCAGCCAGGGCAGGCCCUUCGACGUCAAAUGGGAAUCAGCAGGCUUCUUCGUCAUCUACAGAGACACGUUCAUCCGGCGCUAAGCGUCGGGGUACCGAUAGUGCGAAUGCUACUGCUGAAGAGACGCGCGAAUUUACUGCUGAGCAGUUGAAAGUUAUCAAACGGGUGAAGGCAUGCAAGGUCACGGAGUACUAUGAGAUUUUGUCUGUCAAGAACAAUUGCGAGGAGGAUGAGAUCAAGAAGGCAUACAGAAAGCUUGCCCUUGCGCUACAUCCUGACAAGAAUGGCGCUCCUGGAGCAGAUGAAGCAUUCAAGAUGGUUUCCACAGCCUUUCAAGUGCUCUCAGAUCCCCAGAGGCGAGCAGCUUACGACCAAUUCGGGCCAGACCCGAAAUCGCAAUUUAACGGCACGUCCUCGGAAGGUUCGGAUGGCUUGGUACUUAUAAACUUCAUACUCUUCAUACUCGUGUUGUUUUGUUGUCGUCGGGUGCGGGGGUAUAGCAAGUGACUCAAAACAGCGCGCGCUGGUCGUGUUCGGCGAUGUGCAGAGGCUUUGGGGCGGGCUGAUGAAACUCAAAACGGGAGGUACCUUCCAGGUAAUGUGCAAAGGCAGAGGUAAUGCGCAAAAUCUCCAGAGAGCUCGAACAUCACACUUAGGUUUCAACUUGCUUGGAAAAAUUCAGGCAUAUGUAGACUAAGUACCUAGAAAUGAUGUACUAUACUAUUACCAGUUGGUAGUGUCUCAGCGU